ACUUCCGCCAUCCCUAAAGAUGGCGCCGGCGGAAGGGGCAGGAUACUGCCCGGUGGCGAUGGCGGCGUCGAGGCUGGAGCUGAACCUGGUGAGGCUGCUGUGCCGCUGCGAGGCAAUGGCAGCGGAGAAGCGGGACCCAGAUGAAUGGCGUCUGGAGAAGUACGUGGGGGCCCUGGAGGACAUGCUUCAGGCCCUGAAAGCCCAAACCAGCAAACCGGCCUCUGAGGUGAUCAAUGACUAUUCCCGCAAAGUGGAUUUUCUGAAGGGGAUGCUCCAGGCAGAAAAGCUGACCUCCUCCUCAGAGAAGGCACUGGCCAACCAGUUCCUGACUCCUGGUCGAGUGCCAACCACAGCCAGAGAGCGUGUGCCUGCCACCAAGACAGUGCAUCUGCAGUCCCGGGCUCGGUACACCAGCGAGAUGCGGAGUGAGCUGCUAGGCAUGGACUCUGCCGGAGAGCCCGAGCGCGAUGUGAGGAAGCGAAGCGGGGUGGCAGGGCCCAGGCCGGCAGAUGAGAAGCAGUCAGCAGCUGAGCUGGACCUCGUCCUACAACGCCACCAGAACCUCCAGGAAAAGCUGUCAGAGGAGAUGCUAGACCUAGCCCGGAGCCUCAGGACCAACACGCUGGCCGCCCAGAGCGUCAUCAAGAAGGACAACCAGACGCUGUCCCACUCACUCAAGAUGGCUGACCAGAACCUGGAGAAGCUGAAGACGGAGUCCGAGCGGCUGGAGCAGCACACGCAGAAGUCGGUCAACUGGCUGCUCUGGGCCAUGCUCAUCGUCGUCUGCUUCAUCUUCAUCAGCAUGAUCCUCUUCAUCCGCAUCAUGCCCAAACUCAAAUAAAGACCCGGCCGCACCAUGCCUGGCUCUCUGCCCUCACCCCGCCCAGGGGUCCCAGUGGGAUGGAAGACAAGACGGGAGGUCGUGAGAAGUCUCCAGCCACACAGUGGAUGAGCAGGGAGGAAGCAGCUCAGGCUUUGGGGGGCUGGGGGUUGGCUGACAGCAAACACCCCCAGUGUCUGUCACACUCUGAACGAGGCCAGGCCCAGGAGAGGGAUGUGGUGGCACCCCUGCAGUCCUAGCUACUGAGGAGGCUGAGGAGGGAGGAUCACUUGAGCUCAGGAGCCACCUGGACAACACAGCAAGACCCGUCUCAAAAGAAUAAAAAUCAAAAACAAAUUUUAAGAAUUCCUUUCCUAUAUACUACACAUAUAUAGCUGCAAAAUACAUUGGAGGAUCCCAUUUAUAAUAGUAGGAUAAAAGAUACACUAGACAAUUAAACUAGUUUCCUUGAUCUAUGAAGAACUAAAACUCAACAAGGAAAAAAAUGCAGGAUGUGAACACAAAAAGAAAUACAAACGGCUUCUAAACUUUUUCAGCAAAUUAGGUGAAAUCUAAACCUCUAAAAAUACACUUGACAGAAUGGAUCACACAGGUGCUGGCAAGAUGAUGGGAAAAUCCCUCUUUCUCUGCAUAAAUGAUACAAACACCAAAGAAUAGCUUGGCAGGAUCUCCAAGUUUAAAAUACACAGAUCCCUUUGCCCUACUGAUUCCAUUUCUAGGAAUUUAUCCAACAGAUUACCCACAGGUAGCCAAAGAACUUUUGCCAAAGAUACUUUUUGCAGUAUUGUUUGCAAUGAGAAAAACAUAUUUGGUUGUCUUUGAAUUAGGAUCUCUCCAGGGGACAUAACUGCUGUCUCUGGGGACAAGCUUAGGGUUUGGGAGUUUUGUUUGUUUUCCUCUGAGGAUGGGAGGACCCAGGGCGUCAAAUACGAUAGGCAAGCACUCUACCACGUACUACACCCCCAGCCCUUUUUAUAUUAACACAGGAUCUCGGAAGGUGCUGAGGCUAGUCUUGAACUUGCAAUCCUGCUUCUGCCUCCCAAGUCGCUGGAAUUACAGGAGGGCACUACUGAACCCGCCUUUAUUGCCUUUUCUAUUUGAAUUUUCAAACAUGCCCUACCAGUUAUUUAAAGAGAUACUUUUUAAAAAAAAUAGUGGCUGUCUUGCUCGCACGCCUGGAAUCCCAGCGGCUGGGGAAGCUGAGACAGGAGGAUCAUGA